AUGUCAGCGAGUUCGAAUAAUGGUAAGGCAGGUGUUUGGACGAAUUUAGAGGAUCAGAUCGUGAAAGCUGCUAUACAAAAGUACGGUACCCAUCAAUGGAGUAAAAUAGCAUCGUUGCUACAGCAUAAGAGUGCUAGACAGUGUCAGAUUCGUUGGGACGAGUAUUUGAAUCCCAGGUUAAAUUUCCAUGACUUUACGAGGCAGGAAGAUGCAAGAUUGUUGCAGUUGGCAAGACGUUUACCAAAUCAAUGGAGAACCAUUGCGGAUGCAAUGGGUAGAACUGCACAGGUGUGCAUUGACCGAUAUAAUCAGCUACUAGAGGCUGACAGUGAAUUUGGCAUUGCAUCGUCGUUGCAAUUGGAAUACCCUAAUGCAGAGACCCAAGCGGCAAGACCAGAUGGUAUUCAAUUGGAGGAUGAAGAAAGAGAGAUGUUAGCGGAGGCAAGAGCCAGAUUGCUCAAUACUCAGGGAAAGAAAGCUACUAGGAAGAUACGUGAACGGAUGUUGGAGGAGUCUAAGAGAAUUGCACAAUUACAGAAAAGACGUGAAUUAAAACAAGCGGGUGAAAGAACAACUAUUAAGAAACCACGUAAGAGAUACGAGACUGAAAUUGAUUACAAUGAGGACGUGGCAUACGAACAGGAGCCACAGCCUGGUAUCUACGAUACUUCUCACGAGGAUGAACGCAUGGCUAGGGAUGUUGCUAAUUUUGAGAAAAGAGUUUCUCUUAGGGGGCUUAAAGAAGACCGUAAAGGUGCUGUUGGUAAAAGGCAAAGAGAGCCUGAAUCCAGUGCUAAGCAAGCUAACCUUACGACUACUGAAUUCAAAAGGCCUAAAUUGCAGUUACCGGAGCCUGGUGCUAAGGACGACGCGGCUGAAGCUAUAAGGGCUAACAGGCGGGCGUUGUUAGCAGGUCCUGAUGUGGAUGAAUCUGAACCUGUGGAAACGGUGGUAAAGCCUCAUAAAACUCUAUCCCAACUCUUUGCAUCAUUGCCGGCUCCUAAGAAUGAUUUCGAAAUUGUACUAGAUGAAGAUGAGCAGGAUGAUGCGCAAGAGGUGCAGGAAGAAACUAAAACAGACGCAGAAGAAGAACAGAAGGCUGUGGUUCCUGCACAAGAUGAUACCGCUAAUGAAUCAGAUCUCCGUCCACUUCACAUGGAUUGUCUUCGCAUGAGAGCCCCAGAUUUCAUUCAACAUCCAAAGGAUGCCUUUGGGCAAACGUUUAAUGAGCUAUCAGCAUCUUACAUGAUCAAAGAACCAUUUAUGCAACCUACGGACGCGUCAUAUUUCAUGGAUCAAGUAGAGCACAAGAUGAAAGACGUGUCGGUAGAUUCCGAAGAGUUACAAUGGCAACAGCCAACUGCAGCUGCCGUUAAGGACUCUAUUAGUAAACAGCUGGAUAAGGUUAAGGAUCUACAACGUAGCUUCGAAUACUUGCAACCCCUAGCUCAAUUCAACGAUAAACUGUGCCAAAAGCUGUGUGUGGAACAACUACCACAGCUUCGAAAGCUGCAGCAAAAGUACUACAUGAAUUACAAAAUCUACCAGCAUGAGAUGCAGGCCAUCGAAGUGCGAAGAAGAAGGUUUCAAGCUGACUUGCAAGGUGCUGUAAGCUCUACUUUUCCAAGUCAUAGAGCUUAA